AUGGCUCCCAAGAAGCUCAGAUGUACCGCCGCCGCCUGCAAGGAGCCUGCACAGAGGAUCGUGGGUGACUGUGGCUUCUGCGAUGGCCACUUCUGCGGCAAGCACCGCCUGUUGGAGGACCACAAGUGCGAGGGUCUCGAGGACUGCAAGAAGGAGGCACACGAGCAGAACGCAGCACAGCUGAACAAGGAGCGCACACAAGUCGUCAGGAUAUAG